GCCAUUUUAGUGCGUCUGUAGCCAUCCGGUAAGAUGGCGCCAUUGCUUUGUCUUCUGUGAGACGAUCCAAUAUUAAUUUUUUUCUCGAGUUAAGACUUGUUUUUGAUACUCGGGAUUUUCUACAGUUGAAGAAAUCCCUUUGUUACCCCUUGAUUUGAGACGUACAAGAAAUGACUACAGACAUCAAAAGUAUCCAUGGUAGUUCCAGCAAGCUGAAUACAUUGGUGACAAAACUCCAUGAGUACAUGAGUUAUUCUGCAGAAGAGGAUAUUAAUGAUGCCCAAACGUCUGGUAAUAUGGCCUCUACAGAAUCAAACACAACUGACCAAAUCAUGGAAGAGCCUGGGAGCUCCACAGAGACAGCAAAGCCUUCCUCUUCAAGACCUAAGAGGAAACCCACUACUGUGACCAAGCACACUGGCCUAGAUCAGUCUGACGACUCGGAGCAGAGUGAUCAGGAGGAAAACCCCUCUGACAGCAACACAGAAAUGACCAGUUUACCAAAAGGCACUGUAGUGGUCAACCCUGAACCUGUAGAUGAUGAAUCUAAAGAUGAUUUUACAGGCCCAGAGUUCAAAAGCCGAAGCGCGAAGAGUAGAGGAGAGGUCCAAAGGAAACUUGUGGGAAAUGAAGUUUCACUUCAUGAAAGAGUGAAUUGCACAGCUUGCGGUCAGCAAGUCAAUCCUUAUCAGAGGGAUUCAGUCCUGGAGCAUCCCAUUUUAAAAGUUCUUAUCUGCAAGUCAUGUUACAAAUACUACAUGAGUGAUGACAUCAGCAAAGAUGCCGAUGGUAUGGAUGAACAGUGCCGAUGGUGUGCUGAAGGAGGAAACCUGAUCUGUUGUGACUAUUGCAGUAAUGCCUUCUGCAAAAAGUGCAUCUUACGCAACCUUGGCCGAAAAGAGUUGUCUGGGAUAAUGGACGAGAGCAGCAAGUGGUACUGCUUUGUCUGUAGCCCUCAACCCAUAAUUGAGUUGUCCUCGGCCUGCUGCAAGAUCAUGCAGAAACUUGAGCAAUUGUGGCGUCGUCGGGAACACAAGCCAAAAUUGGGCAAGUCGGAGCGCAAGCGAGAUAAAGCCGCCCUCAAUGGGAAGGAGCACCAUUCAGAGAGUUCUGGAACCUUGACGUUCUCCCCCAAAUGCCUACAGAUUCCAAAAGAACUGGUUAAAAAGACGAAAAAGCUCAUAGAGACUACGACAGGCUUGAACAACACGUUUGUACAGUUCAUUCAGCAGGCCUCCAAAGACAAAGGGGCCAAACCAAUGUUACGGUACCGCCAUCUCAAAGCUUUUAAGUCUGUGCUGGCUGACCUGAAGAUGGCUCAUGCCACCCUGGAGGAGGCCUUGGAGGUGGAGUUCAGAGAGCUAGAGCUCCAGAACAGGGCAGAGGGCACAGUGGGUCACCCCUUAUUUGAGCACCAAACACCAGCUAAAGCGGAGCCCGUUGAGCUGGCUGGGGCUGAUGAGGUCCAGAAUGAUGAGGUCCAGAAUGAUGAGGUUCAGAAUGAUGAGGUCCAGAAUGACGAGGCCAUAGAUGGGUCUGAUGGCGAGGAGGACACCGCAGAUUAUAUGGCCGCAGAUGAUGACGUGGAGAUGAAAGACAGCCCCAUUCCUUCACCCUCUGAACAGCUCUUUAAUAAGAGCAAGGUUAGGAAGGUGAGCACGCUCAGGGAAAAGGAGGAGGAUGAUGACGAAGUCAAGCUGGAUGGAGACUGUGGCGUAGAGGAGGAUGGGAAUAUGCUGGACGGAGACACGACAGAGCUUGACCGGGCGAUUCUCUCGGCUACGCCCUCUAUCCCUGAUGAACUGUUCCAGAUGGUUGAGAGUCUCGCAGACUCCACCAAGCUUGCUGCUGCUGAUGAGGCCAGAGAGGCCAAAGUUGCCGUAUCCUCACCUUCUUCGCCUGAAGAAUCCCAACCCUUAGAGCCAGACGAGGCUGGAGAAAAGUCCUCCGGGGCUCAGAAAAGGAUCGCUACCCUAGGCAAAAAAAAGCUUGUGGUGAAGCUAACCCCCAUGCCUCUCCGAGUCAGUUUGAAAGCUGAGACAGUCAGCGAGAACAAGGUCGAACGUGUCUCUCCGGAUGAUUGCCCCAAGAGCCGCCGAUCCUCCAGAGUCAAGACGACGCCCCUACGCAAACCCUCCGAAAGCAAGAAUAAGGGUAAAAGCAACGGCAAGCAGGACGCAGACAAGAGGGUAAAGGUGGAGACCACAAAGACCUCCAGUGACCAGGAGGAAGGGGCAGCAGCUAAGGUGUCGUCCACCCAAAUGGAUUCUGACUCGGAUGAGGUCCCUUUAAUCCUUAGUGAGAGGGCAGCCCUGGAAGCCAGCUCGGGAGAUGAGGUAGCAUCUUCUGGAAAGAAGGUUAAAAGGGAGUGCCGCAGUAACACAGUGGCACAGUCCUCAGAGAGGAGGUCAACCAAGCGCAAGCUUAACUUGAAGUCCACCUCUUCUGAGUCUGACCAAGAAUCGGGAACCAAGAAGAGUACGACCAAGAGUGCAGGCAAGAAAACAAAGACUGCCGACUCAGACUCUGAAAACUUCGACUCUGAUCUGGAGAAAGAAAUGAAAAGCCUGGGUAAGCUUGGCACAGGCAAGAAAGGACUUAGUAAGGUGAAACAGAAAAGCAAAGAGUCCCCUGAGAAGUCUGCCAAAACUAAGAAAAGGUCCUUCGAACGCACACGCCAUACCAGGAGAGGCAAGGCCAGUGCCAACCAAUCACCUUCCUCCAGUGAAAAUGAGGAAGACAAAGCAGAGGACUCUGGUGAGGACAGCGACGACAAGCAAAAGAUUCGGCCCCUUACGGACUCAGUGAUGCCCGGCGUAGAGGCAUUCCAGCAGUCGUCAGGGGAUGAAGGUGGCGUCAAAGGUGAACCCUCUCAGAUGCCUGAGGAUGAUGACGAUGACCCAGAGAAUAGAAUUGCAAAGAAAAUGCUGCUUGCACAAAUCAAGGCCACUUAUUCGUCAGGGGCGGAGAGCUCUUCGGAGAACAGCGACUCCGAGCAGGAGGCUGGAAAGCCGGCCAAGAAGGUCAAGAAUGAAAGCGGCGAGGAGAAUGGAGAGGAUGGUGAUAGCUCAGAGGACAACGAGGACUCUGACACAGACUCUGAUGCCGAUAAAAAGAAGGGCCGGCGCCAUCACCUUCUCCGGCACAAGCUGUCGCUUAGCGAGGGCGAAUCAGGCACAGAGAAGUCAGCCAAAGGCGGGAAGAAGGAAAAGGGCAAAAAGAAGAGCAGGAGGAAAGUAGUCAGUGAUGAUUCGGCGGACUCUGACUUUGAGGGUUCACCGUCAAGUGAUAACAGUGGAUCUGCUCUUAGCGAGGAAGUCAGUGACUCUGAGGGAGAAGGCAAACGACGAAGAACCAGAGCUGCUAAGAAGGCGGCAAAAGAGAAGGAGGAGAGGAGCUACAAGCAGAAGAAGAAGCGCCGUCGCAUCAAAGUGCAGGACUCCUCCAGUGGCAAGAGUGGGGAGGAUGAGGAGGAGGGCGAAGAAGAUGGAGAAGGAGACGACGACGACGACGACGACGACGACAAGGGAACGCCAAAAGGCCGCAAGAAGAUCCGGAAGAUUCUGAAAGAGUCCAAACUGCGGAUGGAGACGCGAGAUGCUCUGAAGGAGGAGGAGGACCGGAGGAAGCGCAUCGCCGAGAGAGAGGCACUGAGGGAGAAACUUCGGGAGGUGAUCGUGCUGGACGAGGCGUCUCAGGUGAUCGUGGUGGACGAUUCGUCCCAGAUCGCCUGUCCCAUCACAACCAAGCUGGUGCUGGACGAGGACGAGGAGACCAAAGAGCCGCUCGUGCAGGUGCACAGGAACCUGGUCACCAAGCUCAAGCCUCACCAGGUGGAUGGUGUGCAGUUCAUCUGGGACUGCUGCGUUGAGUCUGUAAAGAAGACCAAGAAGUCUGCCGGCUCAGGCUGCAUUCUGGCCCACUGCAUGGGCCUGGGGAAAACGCUACAGGUGGUGACGUUCCUCCACACCAUGUUGCUGUGUGAGAAGCUGAACUUCAGCACUGCGCUGGUGGUCUGUCCACUCAACACCGUCCUCAACUGGAAGAAUGAGUUUGAGAAGUGGCAGGUUGGCUUCAAGGAUGAAGAGAGCUUAGAGGUGGUCGAGCUCGCCACCGUGAAGCGUCCUCAGGAGCGGGCGUACGCCAUGCAGCGCUGGCACGAGGAUGGCGGCGUGUUGAUCAUCGGCUACGAGAUGUACCGCAACCUCACGCAGGGCCGCAGCAUCAAGAGCAAGAAGCUCAAAGAGACCUUUCAGAAGACCCUGGUGGAUCCAGGCCCUGACUUUGUGAUCUGCGACGAGGGCCACAUCCUGAAAAACGAGGCGUCCGCCAUCUCCAAAGCCAUGAACAACAUCAAGACCCGCAGGAGAGUUGUUCUCACCGGAACACCGCUGCAAAACAACCUCAUUGAGUACCACUGCAUGGUGAACUUCAUCAAAGAGAACCUGCUGGGUUCCGUCAAAGAGUUCCGGAACCGUUUCAUCAACCCCAUCCAGAACGGCCAGUGCGCCGACUCCACCCCACAGGACGUCCGGCUCAUGAAGAAGAGGGCGCACAUCCUCUAUGAGAUGCUGGCAGGAUGUGUCCAGAGACGGGAUUAUACAGCACUGACCAAGUUCCUGCCCCCGAAGCACGAGUAUGUGUUGUCUGUACGCAUGACGUCCAUCCAGGCCAAGCUGUACCGCCACUACCUGGACCACUUCACAAGUGUGGGGAGUGCGCUAGAGGGGAACCGGGGGAAGGCUGGGACCAAACUCUUCCAGGACUUCCAGAUGCUGAGCAGGAUUUGGACUCAUCCCUGGUGUCUGCAGCUGGACUACAUCAGCAAAGAAAACAAGGGUUACUUUGAUGAGGACAGCAUGGAUGAGUUCAUCGCCUCGGACACAGAAGAGUCUUCGAUGAGCCUCACCUCUGAGGACGAGAAGCCCAAGAAGAAGAAGGCUCGCGGGAAGGGGAAGAAGCAGAGCUCGGAUGGCUCCGAUAGCGACGCCGUGGAGGUCAUCAAGGAGUGGAACACCAGCUCCCGCGGCGGCAACCCCGAGAGUCGCAACCGGGGCGAACCAGUCGAGGAGCCCAAGGGUUCCUCUGGCAGCUAUUCUCCUGACUGGUACAAGGACUUUGUGACUGAGGAAGAUGCCGAGAUCCUUGAACAUUCCGGAAAAGUGUCGCUUCUCUUUCAGAUCCUACGCAUGGCCGAAGAGACAGACGAAAAAGUUCUAGUGUUCAGUCAGUCCCUUAUCUCUCUGGAUCUGAUAGAAGACUUCCUGGAGCUCUCCUGUCGGGCAAAGGAUGAAGGAAGGGAGUCUCCAUACAAAGGAGAGGGGAAGUGGUUCCGGAACAUUGACUACUAUCGCCUGGACGGCUCCACCAAUGCUGUGACCCGCAAGAAGUGGGCAGAGGACUUUAACGAUCCAAACAACCCCAGGGGUCGUCUCUUCCUCAUCUCGACCAGAGCAGGCUCUCUGGGCAUCAACCUGGUGGCGGCCAACCGGGUCAUCAUCUUCGACGCCUCCUGGAACCCGUCCUACGACAUCCAGAGUAUCUUCCGCGUCUACCGUUUCGGCCAGCACCGGCCCGUCUUCGUCUACAGGUUUCUGGCUCAGGGAACCAUGGAAGAGAAGAUCUACGACCGCCAGGUGGCCAAGCAGUCGCUGUCGUUCCGCGUGGUGGACCAGCAGCAGAUUGAGCGCCACUUCACCAUGAACGAGCUGACCGAGCUCUACACCUUUGACCCCGAGCUGAUGGAGGACUCUGCUGGAGAAGGCAAGAAGAAGAGGCACGCCACGCCAGUGCUGCCGAAGGACCCCUUCCUGGCGGAGAUGCUGCAGAACCAUAAGGACCAGCUGGUGGGCUACCACGAGCACGACUCGCUGCUGGACCACAAGGAGGAGGAGGCCCUCAGCGAGGAGGAACGCAAGGCAGCCUGGGCAGAGUACGAGGCUGAGAAGAAGGGUCUGUCUCUGCGCACAAACCAGCAGGCGUAUAACAUGGCGAUGGGCAACCAGGGCGGCUACUUCCCCUUCAAUAUGGCCGCGCUGGCCACCAUGACCAACCGGGAGCUGGAGGAUCUGGUGAAUCAGGGUCGACAGAAGGUCAUGGAGACCAGCAACGCCAUCAACUCACUGGCGUCAGAGCCACUGGAGGAUCUGAUCAGUCGCAUCUGGAAGGAGAACCCCAGCCUGGACGAGUCGCGGGUGCAGGCCCUGGCCAUGGCACAGCAGGCCACCAUUGAGCGUGAGCGUCAGCGCAUAGAGGUGGCCUACCGAGACGUGCUCCACAAGCAGCAGACGCUGAUGAUGUAUGUCCAGAAGGUGCUGAACAACCGCAAGGUGCAGGAGCAGCAGAUGGCCAUGGCCAAGCAGGGGCUCCUGAUGAACCAGCUGGCGCUGCAGAACGGCAUGAUGGGUCCCGGCAACCUGAACCAGAUCGACCUGCUGGGCCUCUACCAGCACAUGCAGCAGAUGCAGGGCAUGGGGGCUAACCCUGGGCCCUCAAAGGGCCUGUAGGCGGCACCCUUGCCCUACCACCACGACCCCCCCUACCCCCCCCAGCGUCGCUGAGGCUGAGGCUUCCGCCACUGCUGCUGCCAACCCGCUAUCCACAGCUCCACCAUGGGGAUGAGGGUGGGGUGGGAGGGGGGCAAUUGAUGCUUCUUCAUCCACCACCCCACACCCCUACCCCCCACACCCCUACCUCCUGACGGAGUGGACUGAUGCAGUGUUGCAAAACCCCACCUUCACCCACCCCCCGAGCUUUUUUCUUUUUUUUUUAACCCACCCUACACCCAGCCCUCCGACACACACACACACACUUCCCCGAUCCCUUUCUAACCAACUCUCGCCAGGGACACAUUCUUUUACUGGGGUUUUGCAAUUUAUUUUAAAAAUAAGAAAAGAGAAGAAAAAAAAAACUUGUGUAUAUAUAGCCGUAAUGUUAUUUCACCUUCUAUUCCUUUUUUCCAACAUAUUUAAUAAGUAAAUUUAAAACUGUUCACCCCAAAUGCUUUUAAGCAUUGCAUUAUUUGUAAGCCCUCAGCCGAGGGUUUAUAUUUGUUUUGAAGUUACGUUAUUUGUUUAUUUUUUGUUUGUUUUCUUUUUAUAUAUAUAUAUAAAUAUAAAUAUACACAAACCGUAAAAAAAAAAAACCUAACUCAACAUAUGUGGGACCAUAGUGAUGCUUCUAACAGAUUUCUAUGAUGUAAAGAUCUUAGAGCAUUCUUCAACUCUGUAGUUUUCUGUUCUAGAACCUUCCAUCCUCACCCCUUGGCAGUAUGGUCAGCAUUCUGACCUAGGCUUAGUGAUUUCAGAAGCCCUGGUACCAACACAUCCAGAGGCUAUCUAUAUGUUAAAAAGAAACAAGUAGUGGCCUAAACAUGUGUCUGUAUAUUUUUUUUGGGGGGGGGGGGGGGGGGCGGCAAGUUUUAAAAUAUCAAGGUAAACAAAAUCCCUGUAAAGAAACCCCGUUUUCUGUAACUCUUGAAGGCGAUUGUGCACUUUUUUAAGUUGUUGCUCAACAAAACGAAACAAACAAACAAAACAAAAAAAAAAAAACUGAAUGCCUGCUUCGUUUGAUCUGCUUGCUGGAGUUUUCUGGAAAUUUCUUUUUUUUUUUUCCCUUACUUUUUUCCCCUUCCGUAACUUGAACUAUCUCUCCUCCUCGUUGUAAAUGUAGAAACGUAGGCUUUCUGUGUCGUAUGUGAUGUUACCCGUUUUUUUUUUUUUUUUUUUUUUUUCUUUCACUUUGUUGCCCUCCAUGUUUCAGUUGGAGUCGCAGUUGCUGCCUAAAAUGAGAGUGUGUGUGGCCUGGUGUUGGCUUCACACACCAGCCUCUCGACCUGCUCUUAUGCCAGGCUGGAGGUGGGCACUUUUCUGUUUUCUACUUUUGUGUGUGUGCACAUUGUGUGUUUGUUUUGUUUUGUUUUGUUUUUGGAGAGGAUUUGUUGUCCCUUCUCCCAUCCAACGCUAAAAGAGAUGACUACAGGAGAGCUGAAAGCUUCCCCUGGUCGCACAAGAUGUAUUUCGAAACAGUGUAGAAUAAUCUCUUUUUUCCCCUGCCCAGGAAUAUUCUAAUGGUAGCAAAAAAAAAACAAAAAAAAAUUGUUUUGCCAUUAAAAAAUCUGCUAUUUACUAGAUGCGCAUUUUAAUUGACAUUUCAAUAAAGUGACCAAAAUUGUGA